AUGGAAAAUGAGAAAAAAAAUAACCAGAAACAAAACAGCAUUGAUGAAAAUGAAUUUCCUAACUCGAAAGUUUUGUUAGUAUCAGUCAAAAGAACUAGGAGAUUUUUAGAAAGAACAGCAAGAGAAUUGUUAGCAGGUGGGACUAGAUAUAUUAUAUUGAGUGGUCUUGGUGAUGCUUUACCAUUGUGUGUACAAUUACAAUCUUCUUUACAAUCAAAGAAUGCAGCUGUUGUAGUUAAAAUUGAAACAUCCUAUAGUUACUUCAAUUCUAAUUAUUCCUAUACUCCUGGGUUAAAAAUUUAUAUGGAAAAGCAUCCAGAUUUUAAAGGCUCAAGAAUAUCACCAGGAUAUGUCAGUUUUCAUGAUAAAUCUGAUGAUUUUACACCCAUUUUCGAUGAAAAUCCAAAUGAAUAUAUAUGCUCUGUCAAUGCAGGAGACAAUAAUUUAUAUGUUGGUGGUGAAGGAAUUAACGGAGCUUUUGCAGAUAUGUUGUCUGAAUUUGGACAUGAGGUUGAUAAAUACGAGGACUUAUUCAAGGAACUUUUAAACAAAGCUGUAAAAGAGAAUGCUGAGAAAACAGAUGAAGAAAUCAAAUCGGUUGUAUACGAAAAUGUUGAAAAAAAAUAUCCAGAUGUAAAAUUAGCUUUAUGCAGAACCCGAAACAGUUUAAAAAGAGGUAAUGAUUAUACAACAGGAUCUGUUUUUAUUGUGACGUUCAAAAAAAAUUAUCCACAUAAAAAAGAAAAGAACAUGGGUAUGGUUUAUGUUGUCGGACCCAAAGGAAAGAAUUUCGGUGCAGUGGAAGAAUUUUUAGAAGCUGUUCAUGAAACGGCAGAAAAUUUAAUGACAGCCUUGUGUGAUUACAAUGGUUUAGUGAAACGUGAAGAAAUUAAGCACGUAAGAAUGAACACUUGUAGAAUCUGCUUAUUUUCAGGAAGCAUAUACAAGCAUGUUAAUGCAUCUAAAUUAGAUGUAGCAAAAGCUAUCUUGAAUGGUUUAGCUGUUGGAUAUAGACACGGUCCAUCCCCAAGAUUAAACUUUGCAUAUGAUGAAAAUGUAUUUAAAGAUGCUUGGAUAGAAACCACAGGGCUUCAAGUUUUUAGCCACAACGAUAAAGAAUAG